AUACGCUCCAUUGUUUAUUAGACUCUUAACAGAGCUCAGUAGGCAACAUCCAGAGGAGUGUGGGGCUCGGGGUGAGCCUGGCUUAGGAGAGCAAGACCUGCAGCUUGUCCCACAGCCGGUGGGGUGGGCAGCUAUCCCUCACCAUUCACCACCAGAGCCCGCUCAGCCGGAAGGAUUCAGUCCUUUUCAGGCUGACACACAGCUACAAAAGGCUGGAUACGCUGAGCUGCUCCUCUUGUGCCCACAGGAGCUGGUGACUGGGUUCCUCCAUGGCAUGCUCAGGGGAUGCCUAGUGCAAACGGCCACCUCACCUCUGCAGCGAGACACCACCACCAGUGACAGCUGGGACAACUGAGGCACAGCAUGGUCUCGUCCUCAGAUCCCGUAACCAUGGAAAUUCCCCCCAAGAGCCCUGAUGGGAGUGAGAAGUCUCCUCAGUCCAAGGAGCUGCUGACCAGUAACACGGCCAGCACCCUCUGCAUCAGCUCCCGGAGUGAGUCUGUCUGGACCAGCGCAUCCAGAAGCAAGUGGGACAUAUACCACAAGCCCUUCAUUGUUGUGUCUGUUGGGGCAGCCAUCUUCCUCAUUGGGACGGUCAUCACCAGCCUGUCUUGCUUCCUAAUUGAGAACAAAAACGUUUACAAAAUGUGUGGCCCAGCUUUCCUGUCCUUGGGACUGAUGCUUCUCGUUUGUGGCCUUGUGUGGAUCCCCAUCAUCCGGAAGAAGCAGAAACUGAGACAAAAGUCACAGUUUCUGCAAAGCCUCAAGUCCUUCUUCUUUAAUCGCUGAAGGCAGCCCAGGACCUUCCCAGGAAAGCUCUGCACCCUUCUACCCACCUCUGUCGGUUAGCCAUAAAAAGAAACACAUUCUUGUACUAUCCUAGAGGAUUUCAUCCCAGUAAGUCUCUUCCCUACAGGUGAAAUGCACUGUACUAGUCUCUGGUGUGAAAAUGAACUUUGUAUUUCAUUCCAAGUAAUUCCAGAAAAAGAGAGAGCAAGAUUUUGCAGCUCAGUCCAGCAAGGCAGGUCCAAGCUCACUGCAUCUCCCUUUUGUCCGAUGAGCAACACAGUAUCACAUACCAGGAAAAGCAAAGCUCCUAAGUAGCUCCACCAGUAGCUUCUGCAAGAUAUGUCAGCAGAGAGGAGCCAGCUGACUACAAAGGGUGGAUAAAGGGUGAACAUUGCUGACUGCAAACCGCAGCUCACAUGUAGAAACUGGGAGGCCAGAGGUGGUUUGCCAAGGGUCGGUGGAGAGGAGAAGCAGGAUAACAUAGUUCCAGGGUGCUUUGUUUCACAAACAGCCACCAGAAGAGGAAUCACACAUCACCAAAGCGUAGAGGACCAGAUGUCCUCUACGUGGACAUCUGUGGUGAUGACUUUCCUGUUAUUGAGCUGUUUUGACGGCUGGCUGAGACAUGGCUGCAAACUGGAGCUCACUCCUUGCUCCAACUGGAGCACUCACAAGCAUUUUUUGUUGCUCCAAAGGGUCAAGGCAAGGAUCAGCAUCACAAGCAACAUUUUUUGGCUCCCGCUGUCAGAGGGUGUUGAAGAAAGGCUGUUCCUCCAAGCCUGCAGAGGCAAAGUCGGUUUGCAGCAUCUCUGCAUUUGCACUGAUGUCCACCAGAAACACCCGUAAACCUGAACCAUCAGCCUAUUCAUGGGACCACAACUGGACCACAAGCAAGCGAGACAGGUUUGUUAUCUCCACCACUUUGUAAUUCUGCCCUUAAUAAAUAUGUGUCCUGAGGCAAUUCACCAAGGAAGGCACGGAUCCUUUCCACAUGGUUUGGGCUUUAAUUUUAUAUUUUCAGGAGGCCUGAUUUACUUUAAAAGACAAAUUUGAAACACAACAUUUUCAGUCUGAAGAACUGAUCUCACUCUGCACAGCACAAUCUGAGUUGAUAUACACAGGCCCAUAAUGUCCAGGCUCUAAUUUUGGGUUCAGGCACUGAUGAGAGUCUGAUUUUUUGGAAGCGCUGAUCCAGCCUGGAUCCCACAGCAGUCCCUCAUCGGCCCAGUGAGACUCCCCAGCAGAGCAAGCACCCGCUGCUGGGUGAGGAUGUGGUCGAUGCUGAUCAGAAGAAGAGGAACAGAGGGGACCCCAGCGAGCUCCUCUCUGUAGUCUGCACCCCCAUGGGGAAGCCAAGGCAGCUCCUUGUUCUUCCAAGUGCUGUGGGAGGAAGAGAUGUUUGCAGGGGGUCCACUGAGAGGAUUUGCAAUGUGUUCACCCUUUGGUUUCAAACACGCAGGGUAUGAUAAACUCCAUCAGCCUCUGAUGAGAGGAAGCUCAUGUAAGCCCUCAGAUUUCUCUAACCCAGUAUCCCACAUCUACCAACAGCUCCCAAGGAAAGCCAGAGCAAACCACAAGGAAUGGGGCAUACAGACAGUGGUUCUGCUCCUGGUUUAUGUCCACCUCCCAGCAGCUCAGAGCCAAGCCAGAGGUUGCUCCAGACCACUGUCUAAUGGUCACUUGUAUGGCCAGCAUGCCCAGCUCCUCCUGUUUUGCCUACUUUUUUCAAAAUCAGUUUGUGCUUUCAGCCUCUUCAACAUCCUAGAGCCGCAAUCCCUUCAAGCCCCCUAAUUUGCCAGACAUGCUGGAAGCUCUGCAUAGCAUCAGGAGACAUGGCAAAAGCAGAGGGUAUCUGAUCCUGCUGCUCCCGGCCAGCAGGCACCCAGCUGGUCAAUUAAAAGGGAGCAUUCACUGUAGUCAAGGACCAUGAAACUGUAGCUGUGUGCACCGUGUUCGGAGCCAAGAGUUGAUUCCCUGGGGGGAAAUAUUUAACUUCCUCCAGAUCAUCUCUGGCUGAGCUCCCUUAUAUCUGAAAUUGAUGCUACAUCAGCAUGUUUGCCUGUAAAUGUGGUCCAAGAUGCCCGUGGCCCAAAACCUUCAAGUGGAAGCAUUUGUGCCACCACAGUCUGGCUGACACAAUUAACCAGGGAGCUCGGGCUCACCUUGCCACUUCUGCCAGGCUCCCACAGUGUGUGACCAAGGAUGGCCACUCCCAGGCACCUGGAGACCUCAUCCACCACUGCUGGGAGAGUUUGAGGAGGCAACUCCCAGCCUGGCAGCUGGCACAGCUGCAUUAGGAGCAUCACACAGCCCUUUGCCCCAGGCUCAGCCUGGACCUGAGUUUCAAUUCCUGGCUAGUGCAAACAUGUGUCCCUGGCCAGCUGGUACGAGACUUGUGAAUGGAGUGUGCAAGGUAUAUCAUCUGGCACCGGACCCAGUGAACCGCCAUUUAUUCCUCAGCCAUUCGUCAUGCAAUGCAAUGAUUUGCUUGCUUUUGCAGUCCUGGCUUGGCACUAGGCAGAAGUCUGUAUUGAUUUAGCUACAAUGGGCAGAGAACAUUUGCCUGAAACUCCUGCUCAGGGUGCAGCUGCAGUCAAAAGACUCAUGAGGGGGAGAUCAUGGAGUAACUGAAGAGCGUCAGCAUGUCCCAUCUGGCUCCAGCCUGCAGAUCUGGUCCCAGAUGGGUGUCCUAAAACUGCACAGUCUGGAGGAGGCAGCUGGAAAUUGUCCCAGCUGCAAACAGCUCUGCUGUGGUGAGAGACUUUUUGCUGUCCGAAGGAAUGUGAGAGCAGGACUUGAUGCACCAAAUAGCACAGAGAGAGGGAGCAGGGGUCCUGCUCUCCAUGGCUCGUGACCAAGAAUAAGGAGACAGUCAGUGAAAUGUUAAUAUGAUGUCACUGAGACCAAGAAUCUAAUGGGAUUCCAGACUGGUCAUUUAUAAUACAAAUAUUAGGUUUAAUUAAAGCAAAAAAAUCUCAAAGUA